GACUCGUCCCGGCACCAGCCAGUCAGCCACUCGAUCCUUCUUUAGUCUCCUUCUUCCCCAGCUCCCUGCAGCUUUUUUAGUCUAACAUGGAAGCGUCCAAAAGCGCCUCCUUUUUCCUCCUCUGCUUCUUCCUCCUCUUCUUCUCUGCUUCUGCUUGUGACAGGUGCGUCCGUCACUCCAAGGCAGCACAUUUCUCCUACUCAGCUUCUCCCUCAGUAGGGACUUGUGGGUAUGGCUCCAUGGCCCUGGAGUUCACUGGGGGGCAUGUGGCGGCAGGGAGCCCUGCCAUUUACAGAGAUGGCUUGGGCUGUGGAGCUUGUUUCCAGGUGAGGUGCAAGAACACAAGAGUUUGUAGGAGCGCAGGGGUGAAGGUGACUUUGACAGAUUUGAACAAGGGCAACAGCACUGGUUUGGUGCUCAACAAGGGUGCUUUCGUGUCCAUGGCAAAGAAUGGCAAGGCACAGGAGCUGAUGAGACGUGGCAUUGUGGAUGUGGAAUACAAGAGGAUUCCUUGUGAGUAUAGUAGGCAUAACCUCUCCAUCAGAGUAGAAGAAACCAAGAAAGGAUCUAAUCACUUGGCCAUCAAGUUACUGUACCAAGGUGGCCAGACUGACAUACUAGGAGUUGAUGUAGCUCAGGUCGACUCACCAAUUUGGCAUGCCAUGGACCGAGACUAUGGUCCGGUCUGGAGCACCAUUGGCCGGGUGCCCGCAAGAUCACUGUACUUCAGAAUGGUUAUAACAGGGGGGUACGAUGGCAAGUGGCUUUGGACCCCGAAGGCGGUCUUGCCAGCCGACUGGACAAUCGGCUCGGUUUAUGACAUGGGAAUUCAGAUUGCUGACACUGCUCAAGAGGACUGCUACCCUUGUGACUCAGGAGAAUGGAAGUGAUCAAACAAGAAUUCUCAACCCUUGGUCUUUAGUUCACAAGUUCAUUGUGGUUGAUGGCAAGAUAAAAGUAACAAAUUGACAAGGUUUUUUAUUCCAAAGAAAAUGACAUGCUACCUACUGGCUAAGGCUUUGAAUAAUAUAUAAUUUUGCCAAUAUUAUCUUGUAACUUUAUGGUUUAAUUGGCUUCUUCAAUAGGGUUUGGCCACUAUUAGACAUGUGAGAAACUAUAAACCUAACCUAGCAGUGGGUUAGCUAAAUUAGAUAGCUUUUGCUUAGGACAUAAUUGCUUGGACUUUAGUUGGUCAAGUCGCCAUGUGAAGGAAUAAGUAGUUGAUGUUCUUGUUGCUUACUAAACUAUUUGGUCAGUCAUGUAAAGUCACCCUUAUAAUAAUUCACUUAAUAUGUUCUUAACAUAUUGCAUAAAA